UGCCGUAGUAGGGAUACUAACGUAAUCGAGCGAGGUCCCGCCUCAUACAUGCAACACUCUCGAGCCCUCGUUUUUUCGUGCACUUAAAUGCAGAUACAUAAACACAGUGAAUAGACCUUCGCCAAUCUGAAUGACGCCUUCGCCAUUUUGCUUAAGCCGAUCAAUUGUAGAUAUAAAUCAGGAUUACACAAAGUUUUGCGACGUUUAGCUACGGACGCUGACAACUCUCUCAAACAAUUUGGCGGUUAGAAGGAAGUUGCUUGUGCUCUUAAUUACGUUACAUGUAAAACUUUUUUUUUGGUGUGUUUUCUGAGCCUGUCGCAACUAGACCAAGCGUAAAAAUAAUUAGUAUGGUGGAAUUGGGUUAGUAUUGAUAGCUUGCAAACUGUUUGUCCAGUAAAUCGUUGAGUCGUAUUUGUCGUAUGAUCCUCAAGCGUCUGCUGCUCUAUUAUGCGAGAUGUCCAAAUUACAGAAAACAAACGGUAAAUACUUAUGGUGGUGUCUUCUGUGCCUCGAAUUCAGACCGGAUACAGUUAGCAAAAACAUUAAACAUCUAAAUCUAGGAAUGAACAUGUUUGAUAAGCCAAACAAAGAGGCAUUCUACAUUGUCAUCCACUUUUUAUUUAAUAAACUGAAUCCUGCACGUGCUCAAGAUGUCUUCAGACAUUGCUGGCCGAUUUGGGAUCGUAAAGGUGAUGCAGAGUUUCGAAAGGUUGCUUUUUCAUGGCUCCAAGAGAUAGCGAAUGAAGAAGGUAAUGCUUUUCCUAAGGUGGCUGCAUCACAUUUGCUCUCUGCUUUUGGACCAAGAUUUAUCAACUUGAUGCUCCACUUAUCUAAACAUGUCAUGCUGAAAACACUGAAGACAUUUACCACAGAUGACACUUGGGUCCCUGAGGCUGCUGCAGUGCCAGUAAGUACAAAGGAGCUGGAGAUGAAAAGAUUACACCUGGUGAAGAGACAAUUCCAGAGAGUGACUGUAGGGCAGGACUUUCUCAUUCAAGACUACCAGAAAAGAGCUAAAGGUUUGGAGACAUCUUUGAGGGACCUUGAUGCAGAAAAUGCCAAAUAUGAUCACUUGCUUAAAGAACAUGACAGUAACACAGAUUUGAAGGAAGAUAUUCUUGCAAAAAAUCGAAAGGUGCGAGGCUUUUGGACUGAGACAGACAGAGUCUUAUCCCCCCUUGUAGUAGAUCGAAAAGUGGUGGAGAGUGUGAUCCAUAGACAGGUAGACCAGUACAUCUUGGGUGGGCAGGACUUGAGCGUGAAGAUACCUGCGGUUCUGCAUGAGAGGAUGGAGAGGCUAUCCCACCAGUCCAGUGUUGGUAGCUUGUAUAAGGGAGGGCAGCCUGUCCUCGUGUGUUUGCUGGAGCUUCUAAAUGAGGGAUUACACAUCCUAAGUGAGGAGAGAGAGAAAAUUGUAGGCCCCGGUGUACAGCUUCAACACCAAGACCUCCAAGAGCAUGCCUUGCUCUUCAGCCGCUCAAAAGAAAACCUCAAGCUUAUAAGGCGGAAACUAAUCAAAGAGAAUGCAGCAGAGAUGAAGGUCUCCAUUGGGAGGCUGGAGGAGGACUGGAACAAGUGGGCAGAGUGUUUGAAAAAAACACCUCUGAUCUCUUAUCUUAAAGAGGAUCCUGUUUUUGACUUUGUCUCCCCAAUGGCUCCUCUCUCAUUUGAGCCAGCUUCUAAGGCUAGCUUUGAGGCUAGUAUCAUCUUACAAUAUCCAUAUAAACUACCUGAACUGCUAGAGCAGCCGUCAAAGAAACCAGAGAGAAUGGAGGCAGACAUCAAUUUGGAACCAGAAGUCUACCAGGAGCCAGAAAUCAAACUCAACAGCACUUCUGUGGAAGAUGAAUGUAAGGGGGUCUUGCUGUCCUCUGACAGCUGCUUUUCUCCAAAACCAGUGACUUGUGACACACCACCAUGUGAAACUCCCUUGACUUACCCGGUUAAAAUUAAGUCUGUGACUCAGACACCCAGUCCAAUGCAGGCUUCCCACAGGAGAAAUCUGCAGUCUAAGAUGAAGGCCUCUGUCCUAAAGAACAAGGCUGAAAUUCUAGAUUUGGAGUGUGACAACUUGGCAAGUCAAUUUGCAGAGGCAGUGAUUAUGAGUCCAGUCAAUAGGAGUGAUGUGGAACUGGGGCAGUUAUUAAAUAUCAUAUCUGAUCCCUUUUCAGCAAGGAAACAGCUGUGCCGCACCCCUGAGAGUCUAAUCAAAGAUGUGAGAAGUUCAUGGAGAAAAGCUGUGGAGGAAGGCAUGGCUGAGAAGAAACGAGCUACUUGGAAUCAGCAAGACAGCCUUUCUUGGCUCAAGACGCCUAUGGCGGAGGUGAAUGGCCCUUGCACCGGACCAAGUCCAGAACCUUCUCUAUUAUUUUCAGCUACUCUUGCCCAUUGCACUCCUCCUCCUGUCCAGCAGGGGUCAUCCCUCCACUCAACUGUGUCAUGGGACUCCUCAGAACUGGAGGCUCUUAACAGCCAAAGGUCAAGUGAUAUUAUUAAAUUCAGCAUUGCUCAGGAGGAGCUCCCAGACCUUUUUGAGGAUGACUUGUCAUUUAACAGUGAUGGCUCAGCAGAGAGCCAUAGUAACAAGGAGCGAGAGGAAGAACUUAUCCUAUCACCUGUUGAAUCUAAAUCUCUUGAUGGAAAAACUCCCUUACUGUGCUUUGAGGCCUCUUUAGAUAAAUCCCCUUUCAACGACUUCAAUAUUAAAGAGUCCCCAGUACAUUCAAGGAAGAGCCCAGGUUUGAGCCAAUGGACUACUGAUGAGAGGCUUUUCUCUCUUGAUUUGGACAAGCUUGAGAGUUUGUCCCCGCCUUCUCCCGCAGAGAAACUCACCCUGCCGAGUUUAGUGAAUUUGACUCUUGAUGAAUACUAACAUAUCUUAAACAACUCUUCUUAGGGCUUUUUUUUUUUUUUUUUUUUUUUUACAUACUAGUAUGAUGCAAAAUGUGUCUGCCAUGAAUUUCACUUGCAGCUUGAUGUGCUUGUGAUCAGCCUAAUUAACAAGACCGUUAAAACAUUUUAAUGCCACUCAUUUUGUCUGAACCAUGUAAAUUCUUAUGACAUUUAUACUAAACUUUAGUAUGUACAAACUAAUUGUUACUGGU